ACGAUCUGAAUGCAGGAUAAUACUCCGUCAGAACAAAAAAAAAAAUUCAACAGAUAAAUUUAAAUAAAAAAAUGAAGUGGCUUCUCAACACGUGACUGAUUAGUUAUCACCGUGUGACUCCCCUAUAAGAACCCAACGGAAGCUGCAGCCUAUGAUAGUGUCAGGACCCAAAGGAGCCAAGAUGCUCUUCCUACUCUGCACUGUGCUUUUGGUGGCACUUUCUAUAGAAGCUGCUCCCCAAAAAGAUCAGAUCAAUUACUUGCCUGGCCUGGAGGAGAAGCCAUCUUUCCUACAAUACUCUGGGUACCUGAAUGUACCAGGAGGCAAAUAUUUCCAUUAUUGGUUUGUGGAGUCCCAGAAAGAUCCCAGCUCUAGUCCAGUGGUCCUGUGGCUGAAUGGAGGUCCUGGUUGCAGCUCUGUCGAUGGUUUCCUGGCAGGACAUGGCCCUUUUCUGGUACAAGAAGGCGGCAACACACUGAAAAGCAAUCCUCAUUCCUGGAAUAAGAUUGCAAAUAUGCUGUACCUGGAAACCCCGGCUGGUGUUGGAUAUUCCUAUUCUGAUGACAAAAGCUAUCAAAUAAAUGACACACAGGUUGCUCGGGACAACUACAUGGCAAUGAAAGAUUUUUUUCGUCUGUUCCCAGAGUUCAGUGAAAAUGAAUUUUACAUUGCAGGAGAAAGUUAUGGAGGCUUUUAUGUUCCAAACCUGGCUGUUGAAUUGUCAAAAGAUGAUAGUAUAAACCUGAAGGGAAUUGCUAUAGGAAAUGGACUAACUGAUUAUGAGAUAAACGAUAACUCUCUUCUUUACUUUGCCUAUUAUCAUGGUCUAAUAGACACCAAAUUGUGGUCAGAACUGCAAGCUGCCUGCUGUAAGGAUAAUAAAUGUGAAUUUGUAAAGGCCAAAGACCAGACGUGCAAAGUAAAAACAAUACUUGCAUAUUCCCAAGCUCGUGCGAUCGGGCUGAAUAGUUACAAUUUGUACAAGAAAUGCGAGCACGGGAAACCUGGAGAGAUAAGGGAUUUAGGAGACCACUUUGUAGUUUAUAUUCCUGGUAUAUACUCCACUAAAGUCCACUCCAAUUUUCGCACGAAGUUGCAAAGGCUGUCAAAGUUAAAGAAGCCAAUAAAACUGGGUGUACCCUGUUUGGAUGACACAAGUAUCAAUACCUACAUGAACAAACUUGAGGUGCAAAAAGCAUUGCACGUCCAUCAUCUGGAGCCAGGCUGGGAUGUGUGUAGUGCAGACGUGUUUUGGACUUUCAUCAGAGAGUUGAGGAAUGUACGAGCUCAGUACUUGGAACUCCUAAACAAGGGCUACCGUAUUUUUGUAUACAGUGGAGAUUCAGACAUGGCAUGCAACUUUCUAGGUAUUGAAUGGUUUGUGCAUUCCCUUGAACGAGAGUUGCAGGUACCCUACAAUGCAUGGCGGUAUGAUGAAGAGGGCCAUUCACAGAUUGCAGGAUUUGUAAAGCAAUACGCCAAUCUUACCCUUUUGACUGUGAAGGGAGCUGGCCAUAUGGUAGCAACAGACAAACCCAAAGAAGCUUUAAUAUUAUUCCAUAAGUUCAUCAAUAAUGAGCCCUUCUAGGACAUGACCAUCUGUGACGCGAACUCUCACAUCUUUAUCAACUAGACUCUUCUAGAAUUUUCUGCGGCAUCUGUUUUCUACACAUUGUUUUACCAAUCACAGUAGUUUACUUUUUCUUAGUGAUGGUAAUGUCCUUUACAUGAGUUGUUGUUUUUCGGAAUGAUAACCUCUGCAAUAAUAAAUGACUUUUGCUGGAUA